UUCCUUCCUGCUUGUCUCUUCAACUCCAGCGGUCGUAGAGUGAAGACGUGUGUGAGAAUCAGAGAUUAGAGAUGGCUGAAAAUCAGGAGUAUGAGAUGGGAAAUGGAGAGUAUCAGCAGGACGGUGGUGAACAGAAAUUCCAGUCUGACGAACAGCAGCAACAGCAACAAGUUAAUGGUGAAGGAGAAGGAACAAAUGAGGCUGGCGGAGGUGGUGGUGAUGCGCCAGCAGACAGCGGUAGCGCGGAAGCACCAGGAAGAGACGAUGACAGGAAACUGUUUGUUGGUGGCCUCAGUUGGGAAACAACUGACAAGGAACUUAGGGAACACUUCCAAACAUAUGGUGAGAUUGAGAGUAUUAAUGUAAAGACUGACCCAAGCACUGGUAGGUCAAGAGGGUUUGCCUUCAUUGUUUUCUCGCAGGCAGAAUCAAUUGACAAGGUAUUGAGUGCAGGGGACCACAUAAUAAAUAACAAAAAAGUUGACCCGAAAAAAGCAAAGGCCAGGCAUGGGAAGAUUUUUGUUGGUGGCCUGGUUCCAGAGCUGUCAGAUGAUGACAUAAAGAACUACUUUGCACAAUAUGGAACAAUAGUAGAGGUAGAGAUGCCAUUUGACAAGACAAAGAACCAGCGAAAAGGUUUCUGCUUUAUCACUUUUGAAUCUGAACAAGUUGUACAAGAAUUGUUAAAAUCUCCUAAGCAGAGCAUAAAUGGAAAAGAGGUGGAUGUUAAAAAAGCAACACCAAAACCAGAUGGCAUGGGUGGAGUCCGUGGCGGUAGAGGCGGAAGAGGUGGCCGUGGAAGAGGCAGAGGAGGUAGGGGAGCUCAGGUUGGAGGUUAUGGUAGUCAAGGCUGGGGUAACCAGGGAGGUUAUGGAGGUUACGGUGGAUAUGACCAAGGAGGCUAUGGAGGAUAUGGCGGGUAUGAUUAUUAUGGAAGUGGAUACGGAAAUUAUGGUGGAUAUGGAGGAUAUGAUUACACACCUUAUUCUGGCUAUGGAAACUAUGACUACGGAGGAUAUGGAAAUAGUUAUGAUGGCGGAUACAGUGGUGGAAGAGGUGGUGGACGUGGGAAAGGCAGUACAGGUGGUGGUUACAGUGGUGGGAAGCAGAGGGGUGGGAGCCGCCAGACACAGAGACACCAGCCCUAUUAAAUCGCUCGCUCACACUUGUGUGUCUUGUGUUUGUCUUGCAGCAGAUUAGUCCUGUAUGUGGUCUCAUCUUCAUUUUACAUCAUUCCAUGAGAAGCUCUGCAGCAGUGCAGUGAAAGCAUGUGUGAAAGUGAAUGGACUUGUGUGUAUAAGUGCAGUUUUUUAAUAAAAGAACACCAGAUGUGUUAAUGUAUUUAAUUUGAACUUUGUACGAAACAUUUCAUAACAAUAGCCCUUGUAUUGUCAGUGUUGUCACCAUUUAGAAUUGGACAAAUUUUAAUUCAUUAUGUGGAAGAUUUUUUAUGUUACCUGUCAUUUGAUGGGUCUAAUUCUUUUUGAGUAUGGACAGCAACUGUCUGAAUAAAGAAAAUUUAUGUACAAAAGUUAA